CUUUAUCUCAGCUUCUUCCGAGCAAACAGUGUAUCCAGUUCCAAUGGCAUUAGAACAAACUGUAAUGCUAACCAGAAAACCCCUCAAUUGCACCCCGAAAAACCCUUUACCAAUUUCGUAUCUUCCCUCACUUUCCCGAAGUUUUCAAUCUUUAUCCAUUACGACAAUUUCAAACCGAAGCAAACGAUUAGGUUCAGUAUGCAGAAUAAGAUGCUCAUUUGAUUACAACAACACAGCUGCAAACAAUAACAAUGGGGUUUAUGAAUACGAGCGGUUUGCAGUUUCGCAAUACCCGAGGCCCUCUGAGAUUCAGUGGAAGAAAGAGCUUUGCAACUCCGUACAACUCAUCGGAAUUGUUGCGACCCCUGUCCAAAUCAAGCAUCUUCCUUCCGGGAAGGUCUUAGCUUGGUCUCGACUCGCCGUCAAGAAAUCACAAAAUGAAACGGUUUGGAUUAAUUUGACAUUCUGGGAUGAGAUGGCACACAUUGCUUCUGAGCAUGUAGAGAAAGGUCAACAAAUAUAUGUAUCUGGUCGCCUAGUCUCAGAUACUGUUAAAAAUGAAGACGAGAGCCAGCAGACCUAUUAUAAGGUAGUAGUUCAGCAACUAAAUUUUGUAGAAAGGGGCCCCUCCCCAGUUUCACUGUACAAUGGUGACUCCAAUUCCCCAACACCAGGUAGAAAGCAAAACAAUUAUGCUGCAAAUACUACAGGUUCCACAGAGGAACUAUGGCAAGCUUUCUUUGCUAAUCCAUUAGAAUGGUGGGAUAACAGGAAAAACAAGAGGAGCCCAAACUACCCAGACUUCAAGCACAAAGAUACCGGCGAAGCAUUGUGGGUUGAAAGCAGGUAUAAUCCACCUUGGGUGAAAUCACAGCUUGCUAUACUGGAUUCAAGGAUGGAAUCGAUUCAUGAUCAAAGUUCUAGCAUGCAUGUGAACUUCAUGUCUACUGAUAGUCUUGGGCCUUAUUAGCUGCUUAUCGUGCCCCAAGCCCCCACGUACUUAUUACUUUUUGUUCAUAAUUUCCCCUGAAAUUGUACUUCGGUAUAGUUUUGAAUUUUUGGGAUAUAUUUUGACUGCUUGAAUCUGUAUGCUUUUAUUGUUGAACCAUCUUAUCUAAUAGUUUAAAUAGUUAGAGUGAAGAUAUACUUAUUUAAA